AUGGGUUUCGCCGACGCGAUGAAAGCCAGAAAUGGCGGUGACAACAACCCGAGCAUGGGCUUUGGAUACUACAAGGAGCAGGGCGAGGCGAAUAUGAAGCCGCGCGAGGAUCAGUUCGCCGGACUCAAGCCAAUCGUGAAGGAGCUAUCGUCGCCGCAGAAGGCCCAGAUCAGCGCAGAAGAAAUCGAGCAACUACGCCUUUCUCUCGACCAGAUCUCCGUCAAGCCGGCCAAUGAAGAGGACGCCGUAGAAAUCCCUCCGCCAGUCCAGUCUUUCGAAGAAGGUGUCAUUGGAAACGAAGCGCUGCUGGGCCAAUUCAAGAAGAACGGUUUCAGCAAGCCAUCGCCGAUCCAAGCUCAGAUGUGGCCGAUUAUCUUGAGCGGCCUGGAUUGCAUUGGCGUCUCGCAGACGGGCAGUGGCAAGACGCUGGCUUUUCUGGUGCCCGCCUUCCUUCACCUCGACGCGCAACUGAAACAAUACGCGCCCGGAGAGCUGCGGCCUUGCCCGUCGAUCCUUGUCAUCACGCCGACUCGCGAAUUAGCGUUGCAGAUUGAGGACGAGGUGAAGAAGUACUCGUAUAACGGAUACAAGAGCGUCUGCCUAUACGGAGGCGCGGGGAUGCGCGAACAGAGGGAAUCCUGCGCGGCAGGCGGCUCCAUCUCGCUGAAGACCGUCACUUAUGUCGUCCUCGACGAAGCAGACCGGAUGCUCGACCUCGGCUUCGACCACGACAUCAGCCGCAUCAUGUGUGAAAUCCGCCCGGACAGGAUCACCGUCCUCACCAGUGCUACAUGGCCCGAGGGAGUCUCGUCGAUGGCAAAGAAAUAUCUGAAGAAAGCAGCCAUGUGCAUUGUCGGAUCGCUUGAUUUAACGGCUUGCAAGAAGGUCACACAGUACUUUAUGUACGUCGACAAUGAAAAGGAGAAAGACGCGACGCUCUUGCAACAAAUCAACUUCCUGCUCGAGACAUACAAGCAAAACUUCAAGCUACUCGUCUUUGUCUCCAGAAAAGUCUACGCUGACCACGUGGCCUCGGAUCUUUGUGUAGCAGGCGUCUCGGCGCAAGCAAUGCAUGGUGGCCGGUCGCAGAUGGACCGUGAGGCGACAUUGAAGUCUUUCCGCGAGGGCCGCGUCCAGAUCUUGGUGGCGACUGAUCUUGCGAGCCGCGGUAUCGACGUCCCUGACAUCACGCAUGUGAUCAAUUACGACUUCCCCGGCGAGAUCGAGGAGUACGUGCAUCGUGUUGGAAGGACGGGAAGAGCGGGAAAAUCCGGAGAAGCAAUGACGUACAUGUCGUAUCAAGACAAGCAUUCUGCAGCACAGCUGAUCGACAUUUUGGAGAAAAGUGGACAGGUCAUUCCGGAUUUCCUCCCGAAGAUGGCGGAGCAAUGGAAGAUUCGUCUGGAGCGCGGCGGCGGCGGCUUCCGUGGACGUGGACGCGGACGCUUU